CAGCGGAAGCCUCCCGUAUCCCUGGAAAGCACAGUGUUCCUCGAUUAUAUCUUCCAUACCUCGUGGUUUUCCAUUGAAUAUCCUCAGUGUUUCUCGGCUUUCCAUAGCAACCCUUCCCCUUGAUCACAAAUAUUGUUUUCUAGCAUCACAAUUCAUUCGCCACUCCCAUCUUUAGUCACUGAUCUAUCCCCCUUGAAAGGCAGUCUCGAAACUAUAUAUAUGCCAUCUGUGUUUGCCUCUCGUCGUUGAAAUUACUCUCAGACAUCCCGCGAAGGUGCAGACGUACCGUACAUAUCAGAGACAUUCCCCAGUCUAGACGCAUCAGCCUCAGACAUACAGCAUCCCCAACUGCAAGAGACACCCUCCUGUGUCUCACUCAUCAGCAAAUCUUUGACUGAAUGUCUGACGACAUCGUCCGACGCUCUCCAUCCGACAUGCGCACCAUCUCCAGCGCCUCCAGUACCGCAGACAUGAGUGACGACCGCCGUCUACCACCCCUACCACGGGUGGAGCCCUUGCCCCGGGGACCUUUCAACCCCUUCACUUCCAACAUUUUUGCUCCGAGCCCGCCUACGUCACACGAAACUUUCCCUGUCAGAUCACCUUGGCCAUCGGCAGAGCAUAUGGUGGCACCUCCAUCCCCGGCGACCUCCGCUGAUAGCUCUUGGCCGGAGCCUUUGCCCUCGCAGAAAGUUCUCGAGUGGCACCAGGAGCUCUCUCACAAUGAAAUCCUGAGUCUAAUCAUGCCUAAACACAUCAACCGCAAGCCACCACUGCAGCAACUAUGUGGCCGCAAGCGGAAGGGAAACAUGAUUACGGCGGACUCGGACGAGCAGAGGGAGAAGCACAGAAUUGCCGAGGGUAACCGCCGCAAGAACCUCAGCCAGUUGCACCGCGAACUCGACAGUCGCCUCCACGAUUUCUUCCUUGAGCGAGCAGGUUGGAAUCCAUCCAAGAGUCUCCCUGAAUCGAAAGAGCAUAUUGUGCAGGCCGCUAUAUUUCUCAUUGACUUCAUGCUUGUGAUCAUUAUUCAUCUGAUCCACCAGGAAAAUGAGCCGCCGCGUCACCUUUCGAAAAAGCUGCAGACCCAACUCCGUUGCAUGCAGCUGCAGCAAACGGUGUCCCACCUACAGCAACAGAAUCAGAGCCUCCAACAGCAAGUCAAGACCCUGAAGCAAGAGAAUCAGAUGUUGGAGGAGCGCAAUCAGACGCUUGAGUUUCAGCUGAAGACGUAUGAGCACAUGUUCCGCACCUCCAAGAGCGAGCACAUGGCCCCUCAGCCGAUGCCAAAUCCAGCAGAGCCCAAGCCACGGAACAUGCUCCCUGGCUUGAGGGUGUUCUGUGACGAGAUUGCUGUCAAUGGCCCUGAGUCUCGGUUGGAGCACAUUCCCGCUGCAGCAACGCAGUCAUUUGGUCACUCUUACCCGGGGAACACUCCCCCCGUCACCGGCCCCUCGUCACCGAUGUUCACUCAGGCAUCUUACUCGGUACCGGCAUCACGACGCCCAUCGCUCAACCCGUCGCCCUGAUCGACUUGAGCGCGCCGCGUCAACGAACAGCUGCGAGCGCUGCACUCAGCAGUCAAAUUUAGAAUUGCAUAUAGAGACUGGUACAUACUGCAGUCGCAAAUCCGUCACCACCCUUUUCAACUGUGUUUCUUUCUAGCAUAGCCGGAGCGUUUUUCAUCGACAUACACUGGCAACAUCAGAGCUUGCAUAUUGAUUUAUUUAUUACUUUGUCGAGUACGGGAUCCACGUGACGAGGCCUUCCUUCUCUGUCUGGUGUCAGCUGAUUUCGAGAGUUGUGUGGUGUACAUCAAAAGAAAAGGUCGUUCGGGGUGCAUGAGCAUGGCAUUUCUCAUGGAGUUUGUACAAGUUCCUCCAUUGUUUAUAUUGUCUAUAUCGAGAGAGGCUACACGGGGUAUCAUUUGUGGGCUUCAUUUCUGGCGUGAAACGGGAUCUAUCUGGGAACCAUCUUGUGAUUUACUGAGUUUAGAAGCAUUUGUAUACAUACAUGAUCAUUUU